AGGAAGCACCGGAAGUUACGUUACUGGCGCGAAAAACUACAAUAAAGCUAGUUGUUGGUAAAUGUUGACUUGAUAGCAGCACAGCGGCUCCACUGGGAGUGAAGUUAGCCAAGUCCGUCCUUCGGGACCGACAGUAGAGGCAUAUCAAGUACGCUGGUUCAUGAUGAGUUUGCCGUUUUAAAGCCGUUUUAACGUUAACUAAGUCCAGAUGACAACUAAGAGUUCAGUUUGAUUUCUGUCAAUGUCACAAACCGGCUGUAUUUUUCUGGGUUAGAUCAUUACGAGGAGCUAACGGUGAGUAUACAGGCAUGUUCUCACCAGAGGCCUCUGCGGAGAUCAGCUGUUUACUCCGUAUCAACCCCAAACAUGACGUCUUUCUCUGCCUCUGUCACAGUUCAACAUGUCUAAAGGAGAUCGGGUUGGCUUCAUUGUGAAGUUUGUGGAAAGUAAGGGGAAGAAAUCCGAGUUGGCUGUCAAGGCAUACGAGGUAAGAUCUCUUAAUCUACUAUUUUUUCUUCUGUUUCUACCCAUUAGAAUCUAAUGUGGAGUCACCAAGUCAACUCCAUGCCAUGUAUUUGUUCUGCUCAGUUACUAAACCAGGUGCCUUCACUAAUUAGCUCACCUUCCUGGUUGUUAAUUGGAAUCAGCUGGUUCAGUGACAGAGCAAAACAAAUACAUGGCAUGGAGAUGACCACUCUUACUGACCUUAUUCUCUACAUGCAGCUAUCAAAACCACCCAAAUCUACUUUACCAAAUGCUUUUCUUGCUCCUAUAUUUUCUGUAUAUUUUGUCUCGUGUGUCUGUUUCUAUACUCUUGUCUUUUAGAAAAUGUACAGCUCUUUGUCGAGCUUCCACUGUUUAUCAAUAAAUGAAAACUGACUCGACUUGACCACUGUUUGUCUCCUAAUCCCCACAGUUUUCUCAUGUCUCUUCUUUGUGGUGUGUUUUAUGUUUACAGGCCAUCUUGGAGCUGCAGUCUGGGAAGUACUUGAAAACAAUCGAUGAAGAUGAUGUUUUACAAAUUGACAAGGACGACAGAUCUCUCUAUGUCUUCAGUAGCUUCACCACCCCGGCCUUUCUGCACUGUCAGAAGGUCUGACUCAGUGUUUACUACAUCAGGAACCUGAUUCUGAAAUGCAGAAGAGCUUUAAAACAUCACCAUGAGGAUUAAUACCACUCUUUUUUUUUCAUGUGUUACUUCUUUACCAGCUUGGCUGCCGAAUGGUGAGUCCACUGGUGGUGUUGUUCUGUCUACAGCAGCAGCAUUGUGUCCCCAAAUCGGAGAAGCCUGUCUACAACAUGGCCAUGGCUGACAUCGUAAUUACCUGCACAAGCCUGGAUAAAGCAACGCGGGUUUGUUCACUGCCUCUGAUACUUUUCAGACUGGUGUACGAAUAAGAAACCAUAGUCUAAAGUUGGUCAGAAAGAUAACGACAAGGCCAAAAAUCUCAAACAUUAUUUGAAGAAAAUGUAAAGCAGUUUACUUAAAAACAAAUGUAAUAGCUUUUAUUUUCUUCUGUUGUGAUGUGAUUUAAUGGAUUUGAUCAUUUGGUUUUAGGGGAAAAGACACAAAAAUUAAACUUUUGAGAAGUUGUGAUAUUUGAAUAAUAAACAUUUUUAUCAUUGUAUGAAAUGACAGUGCACAAUCAUGGAGUACUUUGUCGGAUUUGCGUUAAAAAUGCCCACCUGAUUCAUUCAGUUACAAAGGUUUUGGGUGAAGAGACUGAUGCUCUCUGAUCUGAAUGUCUCCUCCUCGUUCUAAUCUACAGACAGACGUGAUGGAUCUGGUGCAGCUCAUGGGUGGACGAGUCUACCCUGACCUCAAUAUAUCUGUUACACACCUGAUAGCAGGAGAGGUGGGCAGCAAGAAAUACCUGGUCGCUGCCAGCCUGGGGAAACCCAUCCUGCUGCCCAGCUGGGUCAAAGCCUGCUGGGAGAAAUCUCAAGACAGGUAGCUGUUAGGAAUUCUCUUCUAUUUCAUUAUUUUUGCUUUUAAGAUAUUAAAAACUGAUUGAUUCUACUAGAUUAACUCUUUUUAAAUAAUUAUACAGAGCUGCGGAAUAAGUUAUGUUUUAAAAGUUAUAACAGAACCAAAACACUUGAUGUGAUUUUGAUUUCAAGUACUUUGGUUUGUGCGUCUCUCAGUCUUUUCAGGUACACAGAUCUGCCCUUGGAGGAAUACCUGUGCCCUGUGCUGCAUGGCUGUACUGUCUGUGUGACCGGCCUCUCCAGUACAGAGCGUAAAGAAGUGCAGCGUCUGUGUGAGGAGCACGGAGCCAAGUACACCGGUCAGCUCAAAAUGAACGAGUGCACACACCUCAUCGUCAGUGAACCGACAGGUAAGUCACCAACAGUUCCAGCUCAUCAGCUGAACGAUUUAAAGAAAUUUGAUGAUUGUGUUUAAGAAGUCUUUAUCAGUGUCAGGUUGAUAGUGAAUGCUCGUUUGUGGUUUCAGGUCAGAAGUACGAGUGUGCACAAAGAUGGAAUGUGUAUUGCGUGUCUCUGCAAUGGCUGUUUGACAGCAUCCAGAAGGGAUUUUGUCAGGAUGAGAGCCAAUACGCCGUACGGCGCAACGCAGCAAAGACAACAAGACCGCACACCUCAACACCUACCGGAACAAGCAAGAAAGAAGGUGAGCCGGAGACCGGUUAUUGUCUGUAUUAAAAAUGAUGACUCUGUUGUUGUUGUUAUUUUUGGCAGUUUAAAGGGAUAUUCCGGUGCAAAAUCAAUUUAGGGUCAAACACACCGCAACACCGAGUUAGACAACCCCUUGAGAGAUGAAUGUUGCCGACCGCUUGCUUCUCUAGUUAUACCAACUUUAGUAACAACGGCACGAUAGCAAUACACAGCGAUCUGAGGAGCUAUAAACAAACCUCAACCAAAACGCCACUCUAUAGCCACAAAUAAUGCUCAGAACAGCACCUAACUUCAUCAACAGUACAUAUAGGGUCCUAGCCACCAAACAUCUUUUUAACUUUGCCUAAUUUCUUUAGCAAAGAGACUAAACACAUCUCACCUACUCUGUGUAUUGCUAUCUGGGGUCGUCACUAAAGUUGGUAUAACUAGAGAAGGAAGCGGUCUGCAACAUUCAUCUCUCGAGGGGGUGUCUAACUCGUUGUUACGGUGUGUUUGACCCUAGAUUAAUUUUACGCCAGAAUAUCCCUUUAAGUCUAAAUUGAAUGAAUUGUAAUCGGGAAUCCUGUUUGUUAUCAUUUCAGAUGGGCCCUCUCUGCUGGGUUUGAGUCAUAUCUCUGUCAAUGCCAGCAGGACAAUAAAUGACACAGCCCUCACUAACGGCGUCAUGAGUCGUCUGGAGGCUCCUGACCCCAUAGACAGCAUGGACCUGACUGUCUGCCCAGCUGAUGAUGUACUGGAUGGCUGUAAGGUACAGAGAAGAGCGUUACUUUUACCCUAUUAGCAGCUUUUUGAGUCAAACUGGACUAACAGGCCUGAUGCUUUAUAAUACGUGUUAUUGUCGUGUAGUUGUAUCUGUGCGGCCUCUCGGGAAAGAAGCUGGAGAAGUUGAGGCGGCUUGUGAACGCAGCAGGAGGACUUCACUUUAACCAGCCCAGUGAGGAACUCACACAUGUGGUCAUGGGAGACCUGGACCGGGACUUUAAGAACUUCUUGUCCAAAGCAGCACACAGGUCUGGACUUCAAAGAUUGUGUUGACCGCAUCUUUUAUUUUACAUCAGAUCCUCUUGGCUCUGUAUGUUUCCAUCUUUUCCUAAAGGUCCUAAAGUCUCUCAGUAUAUAGACUCAGACUGUAGUUUCCAGCUUCGACUUCAAGUUUUAUUUCUGUAUCUCUUUUGUUACUUCACAGACCUCAUGUCGUAACGGUGCAGUGGCUGCUGGACAGUUUCAACAGAGGCAGUCUGCUCCCAGAAGAAGAUUUCCUUCACCCAGACUGUCUCCCUCCUGCUGCGUCCGUCCCUGCCCGUCACACUCCCUCCUCUCGGCUCUCAGCUGUCCCCUCUGUAGCCAGUCCCAGCACCCCUCAACACAAGAAGACAGAUGAAGAUCUGCUCUCACAGUACAUGGAUGACGACCCCACAGUCGGCAAGUAUCUGUAGUUGAAGACUUAUUUGAGCACUUUCACAAGAUUCAGUUUUAUUUAUUGGGGCGAUUUUUUUUUUUCUUCUUCCACCCUUUAGUGGACAUCCCUCCUCCAGCUGAGGAACGCAGCAGAAAGUCCAUCAGCACAGCUGCAGAGCCUCAGUCUGAACCCUGGGCACCAAACCAGACCAGAGGACAGGAGCCUGAAUCCAUGCUGCAGGAGGCCAGUGAGGCGGGGUUGUUUUUCGGGAAAUCGUUCCUCCUUUUAGGCUUCGGCGCCGACGCUGAGGCCCAGCUGUCUGUGCUGGUGACGGAGAAUGGAGGCCGACUGCUGGUGGGCCGUACCCGUGUUGUGGCAGACUAUGCGGUGGUCCCACUGCUGGGCUGUUCAGUGGAGGCCACAGUGGAUGAAGUGGUCACUGAUACCUGGCUGGUAAGAUCAGAGUCAGACUUUGAGGCAAAAGCUGCAAUUUGGCGCUAAAAAGAAAGAACAUCAAUAAAGUAGUGUACGUUGUAGGUUUGAAACCUUUAAAUAAUCAUGUGUGUCUCUGUUCUUUCUCUCUCAGGCCAUGUGUUUAGAGAAGGAGUGUGUUCUGCAGCUCUCCUCCAACCCUCUGUUUACUCCGGUUCCUGUGAUGGACGGACGUUCUCCUCUCAAAGAUUGCGUCCUCUCUGUCAGCCAGUUCACCGGAGCAGAGAGGGAGUCUUUGGUGGAGCUGGCAAAGCGCCUCGGAGCAACGUAUGUAUGAUCCCAUUGACUGUCCUUCUCAUAAACUGUGUAGUUUAAUCUUUUGUGAGCUGUAGGAGUGUUUGGUACUAUUUUAAAAACAUUAUUUAAUGAAUUCAAGAGAGGCUGAGACAGUUUUUUUUUAUGAAAAAAAAAAAGUGACGUUGUAUUCUGGAUAAACAAAAUAUUAAAAGAAGGAUUUUAGCUGCACAAUUUUCAAACUGUAGUAGCCUGUUUGGUUUUGCCACUUCUAUAAAUUCACUUUACACCUGCAGACUUUCACCCUCACGUCCUGCCAGCUCGAUGUGAACCACAUUCACCCCCUUAUUCUUCACUCUUUCUUCUCUCCCUCCUGCAGUGUCCAGGAUUACUUUGUGCGCCUGGCCAACCAGAAGAAAGGCAUGCUGGCCAGCAGUCAUCUAGUGUUGCAGAGCCCUGAAGGCACAAAGUAUCAGGCAGCAAAGAAAUGGGGGCUUCCAGCUGUCACCAUGAACUGGAUACUGGCGUCAGCUCGGACCGGCGUGAAAGCAGAUGAGGGGCAUUUCCUAGUCGACCUGCCUCCUUCACCGGGUUAGAAAAGCAUGAUUUAUGUGGUGUAUAAAAAUGCGUGUUUUAUUGCAGUUGGGUGGAUGUGGAAUAUCUGCCCAUCGUGCAUGGAUUGAUUUGGGAGAUUUCUUUUGGAAAAUUAAUUAAAAGUUGAACAUUUUUCCACAAUUUCCAGCAAAAAAUCACACAAAUUAUUUCAUUUUUCUACAGAGAGGGAUGAGGAGAGCUUUGUCACUGGUUCACAGACCCUGACCAUGCCUCCUCCUGCUCGUCCAUCUCCAGAGAUCCCUCUUUUGGGUUUCCAGAGCCUUAAGCCUAUCACUCCACUGGAUCCGAGCCGCUUAAAGAGCAAAAUGUCCUCCUCCAUGUGGAACAAGAUGAAAGCCAAAGAAGAUGUCAGGACCCCCAAACAAAACCAGGAUGGCAGCGGUAAGAAAGCUCUGCAGAAGGAGGCCUUGCUGCGGCUGGGUGGGUGGAUGUGGAAUAUCUACCCAUCGUGCAUGGAUUGAUUUGGGAGAUUUCUUUUGAAAAAAUUAAAUAAAAGUUGAACAUUUUCCCACAAUUUCCAGCAAAAAUCACAUGUACAAUCACAAUAAAUCAUUUCCAGCUCUCGUAAAUCUAGUUUUAGUCUAUUUCUUGUGCUUUUUAGUCUAUAACAAGAAAAUUAUUUUAUUUUUCUACAGAGAGGGAUGAGGAGAUCCCUCUUUUGGGUUAUCAGAGCCUUAAGCCUAUCACUCCACUGGAUCCGAGCCGCUUCCAGAGCAAAAUGUUCCAGUCUGUAUUGAACGAGAUGAAAGCCAAAGAAGAUGUCAGGACCCCCGAACAAAACCAGGAGGGCAGCGGUAAGAAAGCUCUGCAGAAGGAGGCCUUGCAGCAGCUGGACUCCCCCUCUGUUUUCCUCAGCAGAAACCAGCUCUUCAGGCCCAAGUGGAACAUCAAGGUUUGGACUCAGUGAGCAGUAACACAACUUGGAGCUAGAAUUACAGUCUUGACUGUUUAUUUAGUGGUUUAAGGUGCAUGAAUAUCUUUGAAAUAGCCUAUUAGAUACACAGUCUGGAUUGUUUCUCUUUUUUUAAGGAUGCACUUGAAGCGUUGGAGUCUCCAGAAGGAAGAUCCAAACCAGAAGAGAGGGUGGAGACCCCACUCACUGAGCUCGUCAAUAGGAACCUCAAGGUGGCUUUGGCCAACAGCAGCAGGAACGCUGUCUUCGAAAUGGAAGCUACAUCCGCCAGCCCCCAACUUGACAAGACUGCUGAGAAGGAGGUAAACUAAAAGACAAAAGAAAGACUUCUGCGCUCAGCGAUGGAGUCCAUUUUUUCCUCUUUCAGUUAAGUGAUCGUUUUGUUUUUGAUCUUUGAUUUGUUUUUGUUUUCUAAGGCUCCUGAGAAAGAAUCCGCCCCUCUUGCUGGUGUUGUGAUCUGUGUGGGAAAGAAGCUGAGCAAAAUGCAGAGUGAACUCAACGCAAUUGCUGCCUCGCUUGGAGCAGACUUCAGGUAUUUUUAAGACCUUCAUGGUCAAUCUGAAUACCGGACUUCGUAGUCCCUCUUUUUUCCUGUGUUGUACCUUUUUAUUGUUAUUGAUUGAGGAGAAAUUACACUGAAAUUGAACAUUUGAUAUUUCUGAGCCGGACUGCUAAAGCUUCGCGAGGUAAAUUUAACAAUGAUGAUUGAAUUUGUCUCCCAAAACUUUCACUGAAAUAGUUUUGAAAUGGUUCUCUCUAGAGUAAGGAUUACUUUGAAGGACAUAUGGGGAUUGAUUUCAGACAAGUACACAGGACCUAUUCUUUAUUUUUUUUUCCAAUAUCAUCAUCAUCUUGCUUCAAGGUGGGCUUGUGACGACACUGUGACACACUACAUCUACCAAGGCCGUGUGGGGGACAACACCCGCGAAUACAGAGGAGUGAAGGAGAGGGGGCUGCAUGUGGUCUCCCAGCACUGGCUGAAGGCUGUACGUAUCCUGAACUCUGUGAUCAAGAUAUAUAUUUAAUCCUGACCUGACUGACAUCUUAAAUACAACAGUUAUUGACAUUAAGUAUGACUUUUUUGGUUGUUAUUUUAUAAUAAAUAAAUCAGUCAUAUCACAUGAUAUACAUUCAUCCAAACAACCGAACACCUCAUAGUACCCAUAGAGUGGCUUAAAAUAAACACAUUCAUGAUAAAUGACAUGUAAAAUAAGUAAUUCAUCCAGUCUUAUUCUUAAUCCAUGGAGACAAGUGGCAUCUACAUGGGCGUAUACACAGGGUCAGGCCUGCACCCUGCAUGACAGCCGUUUAUAUGCAGCAUUUUAAGAAAUGUUAAGUCAUGAAAUUUUGGUUCAGGGCUGAAAAACAUGCAGAAAAUCACAUUCAGGCAACUAUCAUUUAUUGUUCAUUUAAGUAGCUUCUUUCAAACUUUACAUAAAAAAACAAUCAAACAAAUGAGGCAGAAAAAUGUCAUUAAUGUGGGUUAUAUAAGCUUGUUUAGCGAUUGUGUCCUGAAGAAAAAACAUGAAUUCAUAUUAACGAAGACUUGAUGUAAUUUGGGUCUAAUUUCAUGGGCACAUUCAGUAUUUAUCUGCACAUUUCUCCUGGGGAAUUAUUAUCAUCCCAUCAACAAAAGCCGAAUAUUUAAUCAUAAACCGCUUUGAUAUGCUAAUCCUACAAACACAUGGGGGCUUCGUGUUUCCUCUUGUUGUAGUUUCAUUCUGCUAAUUCUUGUGGCAGCUCCAAUAAACUCGUAUAUGCUGUGUGAAUAUGUGCUAACACAUAACCCGUGUUUCUUUGCGCAGUGUGCUGAAGAGGAGAGACGUGUCCCUGAGUCUCUGUACCCGUUCACCUACAACCCAAAGAUGAGCCUCAACCUCAGCCAGGUGCCCACUUGCUCCCAAAGGUCUUCAGUUUUAACACGAACACAAAUGAAAGAGAUGGCUGAGGCAAAGAACGACGAGGUGAGGGCGAGACGAGUCGUUUUAAUCGCGUAGAUUCAGUGAGACGAUGUGCGACUGUGUUCAUGUACCGGGAGGAUCAAUAUUUAAUGUUGUUAUCAGACUAAGAGGUUCCUCAUUAAUUCAGGACCAGGACUGUCUUAUCUAAUUGUCUCUCUGUUUCUCAGUGUAAUUUUGUGUUUUAAUGAUCUGCCCCGUCAGUGUGAACACAGUGUGAACCAAGACGACACUACAACCUCACGUCGAGUGAGUGACGGGAGUGUGGAUCAAGAUGAGACAAAUGACGCAGCAGAGAAAAGUGGUGGGUGUUGUUCUGAGAUUUAAUUUUGAUUUCUAAAAAGACCAGACCAACCUAGACCCAAGCAGGCCUAACAACACUCAACCAAAUCACAUCAGACCAGACCAGACUAAACCAAACCAAACAGAAUCAGGCCAAACCAAACUAAAUUAAACCAGAGCAGACCAAACUAACCAGAUCUAUUCAAACCAGACCCAACAGAACCAAAACCAGACUGAAUCAAACUAAACUAAACCAAAACCACACCAGGCCAAAGAAGACCUAACCAGAUCAGACCAAACUUACCGAACCAAACUAAACCAAACCAAAGUAAACAGAAGCAGUCCUAACCGAAAGAAAUCAUACUAGACCAGACCUAACCAAAGCAAACAGAAUUAUCCAAAACCAGACCAGGCCAAACCAGACUAGACCACACUUAACCAAAACCAGACCAGACCAGACUAGACCAGACCUAACCAAAUCAGACCAGACGAGCAGAUCAAGCCAAAUCAAAAUAAACCUGAACUUUAUUCACAACAUAUUUACAGGAAGCACACAGAGGAAAACAUGAAGCUAAUAAAAGAAACAACUUCAAAUAGAGGAAGAAAGAGUGAGAUAAAAAAAUGUCAGAGUGGUGACACAGCGAUAAAAUAAAAUUUAUGGUAAGAAUGACCCGAACAGUGACGGGAAAAAUAAAACAUUUAUGAUAAAAGAGUUCGUUGGUUAGCGGAAAUUAAAAGCGGAAGAUUAAAAGUGUGUUCAGAAAAUCUUAUCAGAUGGUGGAAGGAGGAGAGUCCCACAGUUUUUAAGCACAGAUGGAUGAAGCCCUGUCUCCAUAACACUCGAUCCUAAGUCUCUGACAGUGUGAUAUGGGGACAGGAGCCCUGGGAUUUCAGAGCAGGCCGGUUCUUUCAGCACCUUCCACUCGAACAACAGGUUUUUAAAACUGAUUCUGUAGCUGACAGGCAGCCGGUGUUGGGAGGAUAAAAUCAGAGUAAUGUGGUCCCUCUGUCUUGACCUUGUCAGAUUUAUGGCCGCUGUAUUAUGAAGCUUUGUGUGCCGGCUCACUGACUCAUACUCGCAUAGAUAAUUACUUUCUGUGUUGGAGUGAUUUUAGGGGUUCCGAGAGACCAGAUAUGCUUCUGCCAUUACUGCUAUCAGAGUAGACGGAGUGCUUGAAUCAUCAACUAACUUUUAGACAAAAUAACAAGAUACUAACUUGUGUGCACAAGAUGGAAAAAGUAAUGCUGUCGCAGGACUUCAGGGUGUCUUUUGUGUCUCCAGGUAUUUCAGAGACUCUAGAGAUGAGAGAGAACCUGCAAAGACAGCUUCAGGAGAUCAUGUCAGCCACCAAGCUAACAACAGGGCGACGCACUUUGGCCAGACUCAGCGGGAUGGGAUCAAGAGGUGCCAACUCAGGCCCACACACACCUGAAGUGAGCUGCCUGGGACGCAGUGGGAACAGAAGAACUCUGGAAGCUCUGAGGUUAGGAAACAGUUGGAGUAAUUGUGGAGUUCAACCUUUUCUAAACAAGAUUGAUAUUAUAAUCGAUCGUGUCCUGACUCCAGGGUCACCAGAGAGGCAGCGAUGGAUCUAAACACAGAGCCGUCCCAGAGUGAACAGAUAGUUUGGGAUGACCCCACGGCGAGAGAGGAGAGGGCUAAACUGGCUGAUAAUCUCCAGUGGCCUGGCAGUCCCUCACAGCACUCUGAGCCCCUCGCUCCUCCGCCUCCCCCUACUGCAGAAAACGGCGCUCGCUACAGAGACUCCAUGACUGACUCUGAGCUGGUGGAGAUGGGUGAGAGAUUUCUCUGAAAUUCAAUCAUGAUUUGCAUAUACUUGGUAAAAACUUCAGAAGUGAAGUUUGAACAAGUGAACUCUAACUAUUAUUACUUUUCUUUUUCAAGCUGCUUGUGACGCCAUUGACCAGUGUAUGGGACGUAAGGUCAAACCCCCGACCGCAGAGAGGCAAGAAAGUGACAUCCUCACUCCUGAAGCACCCAGCAUCGCUUUCCCACUUGCCAACCCCCCAGUGGCUCCAGAGCCAGAGGUAAAGAUCGGCAUUUUUACUAGGGCCCAACCGAUAUAGAUUUUUUUUGGGCCGAUGCUGAUAACGAUUAUUAAAAAUCCGACUACUGCUUAAUCGGCCUAUUUUUUUUUGUUUAUUAAGUUAUAGAAAAAAAAUAUAUAUAUACUGUAGAUAUCUUCAGUAUACUAUAUACUGUAGACUACUGCUCUUCACGCCGACAGGAACACCGACUGAUCAAACUCGGACAGAAAAGCGUUUUCAACUCCCCUCCCCGUCGCCGCCAAUCUCGGUGCCUCCGCGUCUUAACUUGCGUUACACAUUUCCGGUCUCAUCUUGGGACAUGCAGCUGCCUCAGUAAGAGAAGUAGCUCGAUCACGUAAUGUGUACUCUUGUUUAUUCUACCGUUACUGGCACGGCUAGCAGUGUAGCAAGGCUAAUAGCAGGUGGCUAACUUUAACUUUAGCUCGCAUUUUACAUGGUGCUUCACCGUUAACUCGGCGUGACCGAGACCAGCACAGCGGGGAACAUGGUGAAGUGGGUUGAACUGAAACUUGAUGACUUGUCCACUUCACAAACUAGUUUAUUUCCCGUUGAGGCGGACCACUCUCCUUCGUGCGUCCCUGAGCUGCCUGCUGCACAUCUGUCACUCUGCUGUGAGGUCUUUAGUGGAUGAAGACUGUCAUGAGGUCGCUGCGGCAUCUACAGGAUAAGUCGGAACUUUACUAACGGCGGAACAUUUUCGAAGUGAAACCGAAUCUUAUUCUCCGCAUUUUAUUUCUGAAAAUAUCUGCGACAAUCGGCGAGUUUUGGCCGAUUACCGAUUAGUCUCAAAUGGGCUAAAAUUGGCCGAUUUAAUAAAAAAAUAAAAAAAAUUAGUAAAUAAACUCAUAAACACAUACAGAUAAUUACUUGAUAAAUCAUAUGAUGUGUCGUUUUUUCAGCUGUAUUAUGCACCCUCUGUUAUAUCCACUGAUGUUAGAAGUUUCACCUUGUCCCUCAGGAGGAGCGUGAGGAAGAAAAGCAGCCGCCCAGGUUUCAGCUGUCCUCCCUCAGCCCUCAGGAGCGCAUCGACUACAGCCACCUCAUCGAGGAGCUCGGUGAGUCUAAUUAGUCCUCUAAGAGCGUUUCAUCACGCUGCACAUCACAGGCCUGGAGUCAGAGAAGCUAAUCCCUGAUGACUAAGAGGGAGGAUGUGCCUGCAGGGUCUGCUAAUAUUUCCUCUCACAGAUGCUUCCACAGACAGAAAUAUUGGGCCGUAUUCACAUCUAUAACAUCAGACUUGAAUGAUAAAUUCUUGAACUUACAGACAGAAACAUCAGGAGUCAAAUCUUUAAACUUUUAAGGUUGACUCUUCUUUGAACCUUUGACUCUCGUUUGAGUUCAGAGUUUCUUAUCCGCUGUCCUUUUUAUUCCCUUUCCUUCGACUUGUGUCUGGUUUUGUAGGUGGUGUGGUUCUGGACAAGCAGUCCUUCGACCCCAGCUGCUCUCACAUCAUUGUCGGGACCCCUCUGCGUAAUGAGAAGUAUCUGGCAGCGAUGGCGGCGGGAAAAUGGAUCCUGCAUCGCUCGUAUCUGGAGGCCUGCCGCUCUGCAGGUCACUUCAUCCAGGUCAGAAUCAGGAUUUAAACGCAUCUGCAGCAGGUUUAGCCAUUGUUGUGGUUCUGUUUGGCCAAAUACAGAUUUACUGUGGAACAUCAAGCAGUAAAGGUUGGACUUUUUAGAUGAAACUGUAUUUUAAAAACAUAUUUAAGGGUCUACAUUAAGUUAAGAGUGCUAUUUUUUAAUACUGGGAAAGAUUGAUAAUUUCUGCCUUUGCUCAUGUUGCAGGAGGAUGAGUACGAAUGGGGCAGCAGCUCCAUCCUGGAUGCUCUACCCUCUGUCACCUCCCAGCAAAGGAGACUAGCUCUGGCUGCCAUGCGCUGGAGAAAAACGCUGCAGGGACGCUCCGAGCAAGAGGUACAUGAACACACAGCAAACAGACCUGUUUUAACCUCCUGCAGUUUUUAUGUUAUUGUCAGUUACCUGGAUGCUAAAGUGAAGUAACCUUUUUUUCUGUAUUUUAGGGAGCCUUCAGUGGGUGGACAGUUAUGUUGAAUAUCGACCAGAGCAGAGAAUCAGGCUUCAGGCGCUUACUGCAGUCUGGCAGAGCUAAGGUUGGUGCUUGUUCGUCUUUUUUGUGUGUGUGUGUAUGAGUGUUGAAUCCAGCAUUUUUGGUCUUCUACUGCAAGCCCUCUGCUUUUCAAACCAGACAAACAGUUUUCACGUGAACAUGAAAGUCCUCGAAAAAGCCCAAAUUUCUCAUAUGUGAGCUGAAACUGAAAAUUUCAACCAGAAUUUACCCUGAGUUUUUUGGUAGAAUGUCCAAAAAAAAAACUCAGGAUGAUAUUAAAUGAUUUAAGAAAAUUAACAGGAAGCCAAUCAGGUGAAGUAGACUAUAGACAGAGGUUUAUGAAGAAGCAACUUUAGAGGUAACCCUUUCUUUUACGGUACAGUUAUUACCCGGUAAUUACCUAGUAACAACAUGAAAUUAUCUAGUAAUUACAUGAUAACUACUAAGUCAAUACUGUCUAGUUUUUCUUUUUUCUGUGCAGCUCCAUUUUCAAAAGCUAUUUGGGGUUCUUAUUUUCUAUGAUUGACACUUGAUACAGCCUAUGGGCGUGCGAAGAUUGCGUAGCUUUACGCUGUUUGAGCCGAGCGUUAUCACAGCGACUCACCUGCCGAAUGCGUACAAUACUACUGCGCAAGUGGUGGUACCAGGAAGCGGAGAAAAUCCUGGAAAUACCAGAGCAAUUCGGCUUCAAAUUUGUAUGAUGAUGGAAAGUUACCAACCAGGUAGCUAGACAGUAUUGACUUAGUAGUUAUCAUGUAAUUACCAGAUAAUUUCAUGUUGUUACUAGGUAAUUACCUGUUAAUUACCUGGUAAUAAGUGAACUGUAAAAGAAAGGGUUACCACUUUUGAAAUUUCUCACGCAGAACCCCUGAAAAUGUCUAAAAAUAUAUAUUUAAGCUGUAGUUCUAACCUUGCUUCUUAUUUCUCCAGGUUAUGCAGAGUCCCUCCCCCUCCUUGUAUAAAGAAACCACUCACCUGUUUGCAGACUUUAGUCGAUUGAACCCCGGAGACUUCAGGGUCAACAUAUCAGAGGCAAGUUCUCUAGGAGUCGCAUGCCUGAAGCCGGAGUACAUCGCCGACUACCUCAUGCAGGUCAGUUCAGUGGUGCUACAUAUUGAUCCUGAAGAGUUUUUCUCUUCAGAAUCAGAAUCUCAUGUCUUUUGAUCGUCAUGUCUUCUGAUUUUUCAAACAUGUAUUUAAAAAAAAAAACUCCAUCUAAGAGGAUUAAAUGUUCGUGGUGCACCUUUCUUCUCCCAGGAGCCGACCCCACCUAUCGAGCUGUACCACCUGACUGAAGCUCCAGCCGAAGAAACCCCAGACACCCCUUCACGUAAGCGCAAAUCAGCAGCAGGCAACUCUCGUCUGAAAAAGACUCGUUUGAACUGAAGUGCCUCCUUCUAAUGUUUCCCUCUUUGAAUUUCAGUGUCUGUGAAAGUGAUUGUAAAUAAAUUAUUUGUCUUUUAAUGUCAUUGAAAUAAAUCCAGAGCUUAUUUUGUCACUCGGGCUUCCUCACCGUAAAGCAGUUCACACUAGUUGGAUGGAGUUCGACACUGAUGGAUGACUCAAUGAAGGUCUGCAGAAAAUGUUGAGUCACGUUUUGUAAUUGGGUGCAGAGACGAGUCCAGGCCUGUAGGGGGCAGUGCAUUAUCACUUAAUGACUCAGAAGUGUUCUCAGCAUCGUGAUGGAAAAAAGUGAGUCACUUAUGUGCAGGUUUAGAGCUGCAAGAUGACUUUUAGGUUACAUUAACUUAACGCUAUAAUUUCAGCUGAUUCAUACUUUAAAUUUUAGUGUUUUUUUUUUCAUUUUCUUUCCUUUUGAAAUCAAUAUAAUUUAUCUUUUUUUAAAUUACUUUCAUAAUUUCCUUCAGGUCUUGCUAAACUGCUUGUGCCACUGCCAUUUCAGGAGUAAAAGAGUCAUCCACCAGCUAACAAAUCA